GUCAGAAGAGGGAGGGAGCAGCUGCGCUUAGCCGGCCCGGGACCCUGGAGGGGAGCAGGAGGGCCUCCCGGCAAUCUCUCGGCUGCCUGACGCAGAUCCCUGCACUGAGACCCAGAAGGGACCUCUGGGCCUCUCGGAGUCCCGCCCUGACGUUUUACAGAAGAGGAAACUGAGGCAGAGAAAGCCGGCCGCUCCUCCUUCUGCCCUUCUCCCUGCCAUGCCUCAGCCCUGAGCCCGUCCUUCGGGUCCGGCCCCUCAGGGUUGCUCCGGCGGCCCCCCGCCCCUCGCCCUCGCCUCCCCCUCCUCGGGGGCACCAUGUCCUUCUCGGAGCUGCUGGAGCGGGUGGGCAGCAUGGGGCGCUUCCAAGUCCUGCACGUGCUGCUCCUGUCCGUGCCCAUCCUCUUCAUGGCCAGCCACAACCUGCUCCAGAUCUUCACGGCCGCCACGCCGGCGCACCACUGCAUGCCGGCCCCCAACGCCUCCUCCCUGGCCUCCGCCCUGCCUCUGGGGCCCAACGGGGAGCCCGACAGGUGCCGCAGGUUCACCCACCCUCCGCUGGAGGGGCCGCUGGGCCCGUGGAACUCGACCCUCCCCAAUGGGACCUGGGGCCACACGGAGCCCUGCCUGGACGGCUGGGUCUACGACAGGGCCGUGUUCGCCUCCACCAUCGUGACGGAGGAAGGGGCUUGGAUUAAACAGUCCUAAAAGUUCGCUUCCAGCCCUGAAAGUUCGCUCCCUCUCUGGCUGCUGGUUCAAAUCCCUCCCUGGCUCUGCCCAGCGCCCUGGAUGCUCCGAGUCUCUCGCCUGGGCCCAGGAAGCUGGCGCUCCCCUCCCCUCUCCUCCCCUAGGCUCGGUCCCAUCUCUAAGCUUCCCUGGCCUAGUUAGGAGCAAAGUCCCAUUCCCUUUUAGGUCAGCUGAUACACACUUGGAAUUUUUCAGCAGGAACUUAAAGAAAG